UGAGUUUCUACUCAAGUGCAUUCAAGUAGUCGUCUGCAACGAAUUCACUUCAAAACUAGCCGUUCUGUGGAUAUAAAAUGGAACUAAUACACCCAAUUCUACUUUUGAUUCUGUGUAAUCUUUUGCAGUGUUGGGGAGUCCACAGAUCAUCUUCACAACUUUUGCUGCGUCAAAAAAGAAACUGGAUCAUUAAUUCCUUUACUAUUGAUGAAGGUUAUCAGGGACCUUUCCCAUAUUCACUGGGCAAAAUUGAGGUUGAGAAGGACCUCGUUCUUUUUAUGAUACAAGGAGAAGGUGUCGAUGAGGAACCAACGCAAGUGUUAGAAAUCAAUUCAUAUACAGGAGAAAUAAAGGUCCUCCGUUCGGUGGACUACGAACAAUAUAAAACUCUUAAGCUUAAAUUUAAAGCACUUGACAGAGAAAAACAUGAAAUAGAGACACAGCUCGGGAUUUAUAUAGAGAUUUUGGACACAAACGACAACCCUCCAAAAUUUCUGUUUGAAAAGUACACUUUCACCAUAAAAGAGUCAACAUCACAGGGCACUGAAGUGGGUAGAAUUCAAGCAACAGAUCAAGACAUAAGUGAGAUAUAUAACAAAGUUGACCUUAACAUAGUUUCAGUCAAACCUAAACCUAAGGAUCUUGAGUUCUACUUCAAAGAGAUCGAUGAGACAGGCAUUGGUGUCAUUUCUUUUAAAGGAUGUCUGGACCAUGAGACAGCUGAGAAAUACACCAUUAUAGUGGAGGCCAAAGACAAUGGAGAAAAACCGCUAUCCACCUCCUGCACCAUCAUAAUCAAUAUAGAAGAUGGAAAUAAUCACCUUCCUGUCAUCACACAGCAAACAGGCCCAGAAAAAGUGAAAGAAGGACAGACAACUGUUCUUGUUUCACGUAUACAAGUUCAUGAUGAAGACACCAGAGGAACCCCAGCAUGGAGAGCCAAAUAUACAAUCCAAGGAGACACAAACAACAACUUUAGAAUAACUACAGAUCCUGAGACAAACGAUGGACUACUCCAUGUGGAAAAGGCUUUAAACUACGAAGAUGGUGCUCUGAAGAAUAUAACUAUCACUGUAGAGAAUGAGAUCCCCUAUUAUUCAUGCAAAGUGGAAAAACGCAGCUCCAUUGGUCUUUGGAAAGUAGUUACCAUAUCUGGUUCCGCUGCUACUGGGUCUGCAAUGAGCUUCGUGGCUGGAGCAGUUGCAUCCAGCCGCCAAGUGAUCGUGGCUGUUGAGGAUGUCAAUGAGCCUCCAGUUUUUGACAAGACUUCCAUAGAAACUGUGGUCACUGAGAAUGUUAAGGAAGGCCAAUACCUGGCAACACUCACAGCUAAAGACCCUGAUGUUGCCAACAAAAACACAUUUAAAUACAUUAUAGGACACGAUCCAGCUGGUUGGAUUAAAGUGGACCCUGACACUGGAAACAUAACAACAUCAAAGCCCUUGGAUCGAGAGUCAGAGUUUGUUAAAGACAACAUUUAUGUAGUCACAAUAUGUGCUGUUGACGAUGGGAAACCACAAAUGACAAGCACUGCAACUCUUAGUAUCUAUGUUAGAGAUGACAAUGAUCAUACUCCAUACCUGGUUGUAAGCACAAUUGAAAUGUGCCAAUCUGACGGACAAUCCUUUGCCAACAUCACAGCCUUAGACUCAGAUGUUGAGCCCUACAGUGGCCCUUUCACCUUCAAGCUCCAUGGAGAUGUUGAGGGCAAGUGGAAGAUUGACCCUGUCACUGGUUAUUCAGUCAACUUGGUUAAAGAGCCUACAGUUCAUUCCAAUCACCAUGAGCUGUCGCUAGAAGUUUCUGACCAACAGGGGAAAUCAGCUUUCCACAACCUGUCAGUUACUGUUUGCAGCUGCUUAGACUCAGAAACCCCAAACUGUCAUGUGAGGACAUCUGGCACCACACUAGGAGCAGGGGGAGUGGGAAUGAUUUUUUUGGCCAUGCUGCUGAUUACAGGUUUGCUACUUUUGGCUCUUCUGAUGUCCUGCAAAAAACAGAUCUUGGAAAUCAAAGAGGAUUUAUCUUCUGAACAACAACUGAUGAAGUCUAACACUGAGAAUCCAGGAACAGACUGUUCGGUGGCCAUUGUGAAUCAGAAUGGAAAUGCGAUGCAAGAAAUAUCUCAAGUUAAAACUGUGAAAAUGAGUCCAGCGUUUCUUCUAAAUGACUCAGAAGCCAGCACAGAAUUCCUCAAGUAUGAAAAAGAAAGCUCGGUGGCACAACCUUUCAUUCGUGGAAGCUUUAUGCACAUGUCACAGCGGGGAUCAAACGUGGGAAUGGGAUAUCACCAGGGACAAUCUGUGAGUGGGCUGAUGAAUGAAGCAGUACAUGGAGGAUCACAAAUGAACUCACUAACCUCACAGUACCGGGGGGAAGGAUCAGGGUCAGCAUUUAUUCGUGGAACCGUCAUGCGGAAGUCACUUGGAGCAAUGUCAAAUAGUGGAAUGAAACAUCUCCAGUGGCAAUCCAGGCAUGGGCUGAUAGAUGAAGCCGUACGUGGAGCAUCACAAACCGGGUCAAUAAUCUCAGCUUUUCAAAGGGAAAGCUCAAUGGCACAAGGUUUUACUCGUGGAAGCUUUAUGCGCAUGUCACUCGGAGGAUCAUCCAACAAAGGAACGGCACAUCUGCAGGUUCAAUCUAAGCAUGGGAUUUAUAUGGGACUAGACCACCGAAACCAGCUACUAAAUGAGGUAAUACCAAAAAGGAUAAAUGCUCUCCAGGAACAAGGAAAGGAACUGGGCAAUUAUCUGCCUCGUGUAUAUAAUGAGGAGGGAGACACAGAGCAUAACUUUGAGCUUGAUUCAAUCUCCAUUGCUGAUGUUUCCUUUGACCCUGAAAUGGAUCUGUGUGACAAGUUCACUACUCUGGCCUCAGUCUGCAUGCCUAGUGAUGUCACCACAAUACAGAAAAUCCAAACAGCAACUCUUGUCCAAGAGGAAAGCCAUGAACUAAACUGGCAGAAACUCACAUUAAAUGAGGUUUACAUUUCACAAUAAAGUCACUAGACCUCAAGUAUAAGGUCCAAUAUGAAAAGUCAUAAAUAUUUAUUCAGUUGUCUGGGAGCAUGGUAUGGUAAGAUGCAGUGUCAUGUCAUAAUGUUUACAAUAAAGACUGGGUAAUGCAAAAACUAAUGCAGAGGGGUGAAUAUGGUAUUUAUCAAAUCUGCUUAUUUGCACUUUGGGAAACAUACGAUCAAUUGUACUAAGAGGGUAAUGCUUUCUACUUUCGUUUGGGUUAUCUUGAGAUUCUGUUCUCAAAAGUGUUUUUUAAGGUCACUUUUUUAUCUUUUUCUUUUGCGAAAUAAUAUAUUUCAAGCGUGUGAACUGUUUUCUUUGUCCAUUAGAGGUUGUCAGGCCUUUAAAAAAACAGAGUUAAGCUUGAAUGCAUGAAUCUUAAAGGCAUGCAGGUGUGUCUUGUGCAAGUAAAAGCUUUCUCCAGAAUAAAUGAUGACUGCCGCUGUAAUGUAAUUCCACGGUAUUUCCAUUUUGGCACGACAAACUUGUCAAACUUGUUCUCAUUUUGUUGUUUAGACUCCACGUUAUCAAAAGGAGCUGGUGUGGGCAUGCUCUCGGGUAUCUGUGGUUGUAUGGGUGUGUUCAUGUUUGUACAUGCAGGACAGUAAGUCUGCUGACUGCUUCGGUGAGGAGGAUGGUCGGCCUUCUCCCACACUGUCUGAGCAUCUGGGUGCAUCUAAUAAACUAGUUAAUAUGCUUCUAAGGAUCAUUGUAACCAUGUUUUAUGUGCAUCAAAUGUUUGUAUAGUGGUAAUACUAAUAAACGUGUUAAUCUGAA